AUGGGGCAAGAGAAUAAGAGAAGGCCUGAAGAGAAUAUGCCCCUGGAUCGUGACCCUCCUCACGGGCGUGCUCAGUGGCGACUGCGAGUGACGGCGUCGGAUGGAGAGCUGGAGGCGCACACCAAUGUACGUGUCAACCUCAAGGACGUUAACGACAACGCCCCUUACUUCCCCUCCCACACCACCACAACUACCGUUUCUGAAGACACGCCCAAAGGUACGGUGGUGGCCCAGAUGCUGGCCACGGACCACGAUGACCCCGACGAGGGUCACAACGCUCGUCUGGUCUACUCGCUGGAGAAAAACGUGAUCGACGAGUCGAGUGGGAGCGCCAUCUUCAGUAUCGACAGUCAGCUGGGUCUCAUCACCACGGCGCUCUGCUGUCUCGACCGUGAGAAGACCCAGCGCUACACCAUCCAGGUGGUGGCUACUGACGGAGGAGGACUCAAAGGUACAGGGACGGUGGUAGUGGAGGUCGGGGACGUCAACGACGUACCUCCGAGGUUCUCGCGUCCUGAGUGGACGUUGGACGUGUGUGAGAGUCUCACUCCCGACCAUGUGCUGGCCACCCUCACCGUCGUUGAUAACGAUGUCUCCAAUAACUUCUCCUUCCGGGUGGUGCCGGGAAGUGGGCGUGGCUGGCAGCUGUUUCGGGUUGAGGGUCGGCGCCGGGGCAGCCCUGGAGGUGACCUGAGGUCUGUGACUCCUCUAGACUACGAGAACCCCAGCCACAGACGAGGGUUCCGCUUCAGGGUGCAGGUCACAGACAUGGGAGGACAUGGUCGAGUGCGCUACAAGAUAGCUGAGGACAGCGAUCCUAGGCGACAGUUCGGAGUAGAUGGAUCAGGGGCGGUGUGGGUGGUGGGCAACCUGGACCGCGAAACAGCAGCCGCCCACACUGUGCUGGUGUGGGCGGUGGACGACGGUAACCCACCCAGGACAGCUACUGCAACCCUCACGGUGAACGUAACAGACGUGAACGACAACCCACCGUUCCUGGCUGAGCCGCGACAGGUGCAGGUGGUGGAGAACGGUGGAGCCCAGGUGGUGGCCAGGGUCCGUCUGGGAGACCCUGACGACUGGCGUCAGGGCCACGGGCCCCCCUUCACUGUUGCUCUGGACCCCAGGGCCCCCCAGCACGUCGCUGACACCUUCAGGGUCACCCACGACAAGAGAGGGGACGAGGGGCGUGGUGUGGGCGUGGUGUGGGCGCGGGCGGGGCUGGACAGGGAGGAGCGCCGUUCCCUGUUAGUACCGUUGUUAGUGGCAGACGCUGGAUGGCCGCCGCUCACCACCACAGCAACUCUCACUGUUCACGUCGCUGACCUCAACGACAACCCCAUGACACCCGCUUCCAAGACUGUCAUUGUCCACACUCUCCAGCCACAGGGAAAACCUGUUCCUCUGGGAAGGGUGUACGUCAAGGACCCCGAUGACUGGGACUCCGCCUCCAAGACCUACUCCUGGAGACAAUAUGUUGAGGGCUUCUUCCUAAACUCCUCCAACGGUGAUCUCACCAUGGCGCCCGACACCCCUGAAGGCCGGUACGAGUUAAGCUUCAAGGUCAACGAUGCCAGUCAAGGUCAGUUUGGGGUGAGGGCCAACGUGACAGUCGAGGUCAAGACCCUGAAUGCUCAUGAUGUAACUUAUGCUACUCCUAUUACCCUGGCUGCUGACCCCUAUCAGCUGGUCGUGGAGAGAGAGGGCGGAGAUUCAUCGACACUAUCCCUGCUGGAGUCGACGGUGCGGGCGUGGGUGGGGAGGGACGAAGCGGGCGUGUGGGCGGUGUCAGUGGAGGCGCUGGAGGAGCACCCCACGCCCUCCACCAUCACUGAUGCCUGCCGUGUAUGGCUGGUGUCGCCAGGAAUGACCAACUUACAGCACCUCAUUCUCUAUAGGAAACUCGAGCUGAGCGCCAUCUUGGGUGUCAGUGUACGCGAGGUUGGUAUAGGGACGUGCCAAGAGGCCUCUCCUGUCAUUGAUCUGGACGACGCUUACGAGUUCGAAGGCGAGAUCGACUUCGAAGAAGUGAGUAACGCCGCACAGGACGUUGAUGGAUGUAUGGACGGGUGUUGGGUACGAGCUGCCCUUGGCGAGGGUUUCAGUGUGGUGGAUGCCAACACCUCGGCCCUGGUUGGUCCCAGGAUGGAGGUCCUCACCACUUGCGGCUGUGGCAACACCGCCCCUGACCACACCACCUGUUCCCCUUACACCUGCCUCAACGGUGGCAGGUGUAUUCCUACACCCACAGGCACCAAGUGUAUAUGUCCUCACGGCACGUGGGGCUCCCGCUGUAAAGUCGUAGUCAGGCACUUCGAGGACAGCGGAGGCGGACGAGAUACUGGAGGUGAAGUAGGCGAGGACGUUCCAGUGGGCGGGUGGGCGUGGGUGGCGCCCAUCCCGCCCUGUGCCGAGGUCCACCUCAGUCUGGAGGUGCUCACCAGGUCCCCGGCGGCCACCCUGCUGUACUCAGGUCCUGACCAUGGGGCGGCGACCUCAGACACCGAAGAUGACAGCAUCAGGGAGUUGCUACUGCUGGAGCUGCGUCAGGGACGCCCAUCCCUCCUGCUGGACCUCGGCGGUGGUCCUGUCACCCUCACCCUCAACGCCUCCUCUUCCCUCGCAGACAAUACCUGGCACAGGAUCGAUCUCAUAUGGAAAGACGAGUUGGUGGAGAUGAUCGUGGACUUGUGUACGGGCGGAGGGCUAGACGAACCGCCUACUUUUCCCUCCAGCCCCGCCCAUGCCACCCCUACGGACGCCCACACCUGUCGAGGGGCGGCCAGACUACCCCGGACCGCCCGCGUGCUCAACGCAAGUGGGCCGUUGCAGGUGGGUGGGCUGGCCCACCCACUCCCUGCCCACUACCUGAAUGACGGAACACCCAUCUUUCGCCCACCUCACUUCCAGGGCUGCCUCAGGAACCUCAGAGUGAACGGCCAGGUGAGAGAGAGAGAGAGAGAGAGUGAUCACACGGUCCUGAGUUUCAAAUAUCUUGUGGAAGCAACAGUGGAGAGAGAAGCAACACAGGAAGAAGGCGAGAAGCCAAACUUCAAAAGAAGGAACUACACAGGCAUGAGGCAAUUCUUGAAUGAGGUGCAGCAGGAAAGAGAACUAGAGUGGAAGACGAGUGAGAUGAUGGAGAAUGUGACCGGAAAGUGUAGGGAGGCAGAGAAGAAAUUCGUACCCAGGAGCAAAGGAAACAACGAGAAUAAGAGACUGUGCCCAUGGUUUACUCAGUGGUACACAGAGAUCAAAGCUAAAUUUGCUAGAGUAAGGAAAAAUAUGGAAGACAAAGAACUCAGAACAAGGAAUUAA